AGGCCCUCGGCUAUUCCUCAAAAGUGCCCUUUCCGCUUCGAUCCGUGAACUUGCACAGAGAAGAGAGAGAGAGAGAGAAUGGCGAGUGGGGGAGGAGGAGGGUACGGGGAUGCGAACCAGAAGAUAGACUACGUGUUCAAGGUGGUACUGAUAGGGGACUCGGCGGUGGGAAAGUCGCAGAUACUGGCCCGGUUCGCAAGGAACGAGUUCAGUCUCGACUCCAAGGCCACCAUCGGGGUCGAGUUCCAGACUCGCACCCUCGUUAUCCAGCACAAGAGCGUCAAGGCCCAGAUCUGGGACACAGCUGGCCAAGAACGAUACCGAGCGGUUACAAGCGCAUAUUACCGGGGUGCUGUUGGGGCAAUGCUGGUUUACGACAUAACCAAGCGCCAGACAUUUGAUCACAUACCUCGUUGGCUGGAAGAGCUGCGUAGCCAUGCAGACAAGAACAUUGUCAUCAUUCUGAUAGGGAACAAGAGUGAUCUUGAGAAUCAGCGUGCAGUCCCCACAGAGGAUGCCAAAGAAUUUGCUGAAAAGGAAGGACUGUUUUUCUUGGAGACAUCGGCACUGGAAGCAACCAAUGUUGAAACUGCCUUCUUGACUGUGUUAACAGAAAUCUUCAACAUUGUGAACAAGAAGAACCUUGUUGCAGACGAAAAUCAAGGUAAUGGGAACCCCGCAUCCCUUUCCGGCAAAAAGAUCAUUAUCCCAGGUCCCGCACAAGAGAUCCCAGCUAAGAGCAGUAUGUGCUGUAGAUUAGCGUGAUUUGAUUGAAUUGAAGUUUCAAAAUACGUGAAUCUUGGUCAUAUGUUCGUCAUAGCAAUUUUUUGAGGUGUGUGGUGUAUUUCCUUUGUAUAUUUUCCAAUGCUUCAGUUCCGUUUGUAUGAGCAACUGGUUCCUUGCAUGUUAUGAAAUGGGAGUUUAGAUUCUCUUUCUACCAA